AUGAUUGGAACAUAUUUUGGGCAAAUGUUUGGACAGUCAAAUAAAUUUUCAAUCCUGAAACAGGGCAUCGUCUUGGAGAAAUGCACUGAGAAGGAUGAGCAGGGAAAUUACAUUUAUAUGGAUAUUGUACCGAAUACAUAUAUUCUUCCAGGAGAUUAUACAAUAUUUGUAGAGGAAUUCAGAAGAAACCCAAAUAUUAUGUGGAUUAUGAAACCUUCUUCUAAAGCUUAAGGUAAAGGUAUCUUCUUGGUUAAUAAGCUGAAUCAGCUUAAGAAGUGGGCUACCUCAUCCAAACUGCCCUUCCAAACUUUAUCGCUGAAAGAAGCCUAUGUCAUCUCUAGAUAUAUCGAUAAUCCCUUGCUGAUUGGAGGAUUCGGAAGAUUUUGUAAUGAGAAGUAUACUCCUGAUAUUGCUGAGCUCGAUAAUAUGUUCAUACAUUUGACUAAUGUGGCAAUCUAGAAAAAUUCAGAGGAUUAUAAUGAAAAGCAUGGUUCAAAAUGGAGUAUCACAAAUCUAAGAUUCUAUUUGGAAUAAACUAGAGGAAAGACUAUAACUGACAAGUGUUUUGAUGAAAUCAAUAAUAUCAUCUACAUCUCUUUGAAGAGUGUUUAAAGUGUGAUAAUUAAUGAUAAACAUUGCUUUGAGUGCUAUGGUUAUGAUAUUCUGAUUGAUGCGAACUUAAAGCCUUGGCUAGUAGAAGUCAAUGCAUCCCCUUCUCUGACUACUACAACAGAAGUUGAUAGAAUUUUGAAGAUGAAUUUACUUAAUGAUGUGUUCAAUAUAGUAGUACCUCCUGAAUGGAUGGACGAGAACUCUAAACAUGGUGCGAACAUGUGCAAGGAUAAGUAGGUUGGCAACUUUACAGUAAUUAUCGAUGAAAGCUAAAAUGACGGUGGUGACAAAGGAAAAAAGGGAGGUAAAAAAGGACCUACUGCUCUUUGGAGAUGA